AUUCCUAUUAUAUCCCCUAACUUGAGUUGUAUAGUACUUUCUUUUACUUCCUUCGCUCUGGAAGCGCACUGUUGAUUUGCAUCUUGUUUCAGUUUGUACGCUUUUGGGAGAGUCGCAAAAAUGCUGAGAAGAUUGCUAGUACAGGUUUCAAAUCAGUGUCGUCGUCCCCUUGCACUUCGACAAUGUUGUUCUUCGUUUUCAUCUCAAAUUCCAAACAGUUCUUUCGUCGAACACUUGGAGGGUCCAAAUCAAUCCACCACCGAGACCACUCCUCAAUCCUCCGCUAAAAUCUCCAUUGAUCGUUCAGGCUUGUACAAUCCUUCCGAGCAUUCUCACGAUUCUUCUUCGGAUUCUGAGCUUGUUAAGCAUCUCAAAGGCAUUAUCAAGUUCCGUGGUGGGCCUAUCUCAGUAGCUGAGUAUAUGGAGGAAGUUCUGACAAAUCCUCAAGCUGGGUUUUAUAUGAACAGGGAUGUGUUUGGAGCAGAAGGCGAUUUUGUAACCUCACCUGAAGUAAGCCAGAUGUUUGGGGAGAUGGUUGGCGUUUGGGCUAUGUGUUUGUGGGAGCAAAUGGGGCAGCCUAAUAGAAUGAACCUAGUUGAGCUGGGUCCAGGAAGAGGAACUCUCAUGGCUGAUCUUUUACGUGGUGCAUCGAAGUUUAAGAACUUUGCCGAAUCAUUGCACAUACACAUGGUUGAAUGCAGUCCAACAUUACAAAAGCUUCAACAUCGCAGCUUGAAGUGUAUGGAUGAAGAUAAUACUGGUGCAAAUGAAGAGAAAAUAAUUAUUAGCACCUUGUCCGGAACCCCUGUAUCAUGGCAUGCUGCAUUGGAGCAGGUUCCAUCAGGAUUGCCAACGAUCAUCAUUGCCCAUGAGUUCUAUGAUGCUCUACCUGUUCAUCAAUUUCAGAGAGCUUCUCGUGGCUGGCGUGAGAAAAUGAUAGAUGUUGCAGAAGAUUCAUCGUUUCGUCUUGUUCUAUCUCCACAGCCUACGCCCGCAACUCUAUUUCUAAUGAAGCGCUGCAAGUGGGCUGUGGAUGAAGAAAUAGCUAAACUUGAACACAUUGAGGUUUGCCCCAAGGCAAUGGAGUUGACUCAAACAAUUGCUAAAAGAAUAAGUUCUGAUGGAGGUGGGGCUCUCAUAAUUGAUUACGGCCUAAAAGGAAUAGUCUCGGAUAGUCUUCAGGCAAUUCGUAAACAUAAGUUUGUCAGCAUGCUGGAUGAUCCUGGGUCUGCUGAUCUCAGUGCAUACGUUGAUUUUGCUGCUAUCAGACACUCUGCUGAAGAAGUUUCAGAAGAUGUGUCUGUUCAUGGCCCGAUCACCCAGUCUCAGUUUCUUGGUUCUCUUGGGAUAAAUUUUCGAGUUGAAGCACUGCUAGAAAACUGCACUGAAGAGCAAGCCGAGUCUCUGAGGACAGGAUACUGGCGUCUGGUGGGCGAUGGCGAGGCUCCAUUUUGGGAGGGACCUGAUGAGCAGGCACCCAUUGGGAUGGGUUCUCGAUAUUUGGCAAUGGCUAUUGUGAACAAGAAGCAAGGUAUUCCAGUUCCAUUUCAGUAAAAUUUGACAGAAGUAUGGAAUUGGGUGACAUCUGAUAUUGUAAGCUUAUGUAAAUGACUAAUAUAACAUCUGAUAUUUAUAUAUUGCAAGUGUUCAGCUUUUGCAAUUUUGGGUAAUUUUUUUUUACCCUCUAGUUUGAUGUAUUUAGCGUCAUGUUCUAAAUGGUUAUGAACUGGCGGAGAGGUGAAGAAACCAUAUCAAUAAUGAAGAGCGAAUGCUAAAUUUACUUCAAGGAUGGAGGCAGUCUUUAUCAUGGAAAAGUGUGUUAAAAAAUAUUCUAUAUAUGACCUCAUCUCAUAUUAUAGAAAUGGAUUUUGGGUGUAAUUAUAACAGAAUUGUCAGUACUGGUCUUUUGUAAUUUUUUGUUUUCAAUGCUCUUUUGUAAUUUAUGCUCAUUUGGUGCUAAUCUGUGUAAUAUUUUAUUUCUUUUAAGUACAAUAAACGAAAAAAUGGGAAGAAAACUAUCUAGUUUUUAGCAA